UAAGACAAACGCAGAGGAAAAACUAAAACACAGUCAAACUGUCUUGACCUCCACCGAACCCCUAGGGUUCCAUCGAACCCAGGUUAAGAACCACUGUACUAGAGUCUGUGAACAUUGCUCCAAAGUCAGGAUUUUUUGUUGAUUUGAUGUGCAUAGAAAAGCUGUUUGUGAGGAAGUGCAGCGCCUGCCUGCAGGGGAUCGGCCGCUCGGAGCUGAUCAUGCGCGUGCUGGGCCAGGUGUACCACCUGGGCUGCUUCAGCUGCUGCGAGUGCGAGCGCCGGCUGCAGCGAGGCGACGAGUUCGUGCUGAAGGAAGGCCAGCUGCUGUGCCGCAUGGACUACGAGAAGGAGAGGGAGAUGCUGGCCGCCAUCAGCCCGGCACCCACUGAAUCAGUCAAAAGCGAGGAUGACGACGGCGGCGGCGUGGGCUCAGGCGGGGGCAAAGGUGGCGACGAAGGCAAGGAGCACAAGCGCUCCAAGCGGCCGCGCACCAUCUUGACCACGCAGCAGCGGCGGGCUUUCAAGGCCUCGUUCGAAGUGUCUGCCAAACCCUGCCGUAAAGUGAGAGAGACGCUGGCGGCCGAGACGGGGCUCACGGUACGGGUGGUGCAGGUGUGGUUUCAAAACCAGAGGGCCAAGAUGAAGAAGAUCGCCCGCAGGCAGCAGCAACAGCAGCAGCAGCAGCAGGAACAGGAACAACUGGGGGGGGCCAGGAGGGGGGGAAACCGAGGGGGUCGCCAAAGCAACGACGACAGCGAAGAUGGCUCCAGCAGCCAUGGCAUGGACGGCAUGCUGGGGUACGCUUCUCUGCCCAGACAGCAGCUCCUCACCCUGGACCCCAACAUCUAUGGAGGGGAGCCGUUCAGACACGGCCUUACUCCACCUCAGCUGAACAACGAGGGGCUCCAUCCCUAUGACUCCGAGGCGGUGUUCCACGACCUGGACAGCGACGGAAGCCUGGGUCACCUCGGCGACUGUCUCCUGGCCAGCGGGGAGGGCGGCCUCCUGGCGGGGCGAGUGGGGAACCCCAUCGACCGUCUCUACUCCAUGCAAAACUCCUACUUCACCUCGUGACCUUUACAAACUCUCCGCCUCCAACACCUCACAGAUGCAGCUAGCGGCAGGGUGUCCGUCCACGUGCCUGACGGAAAAGAAAAAAAACCAAGACCCGACCAAAGUCAAGGAAAGAUUAGUUGCCAUCAUCCCCUUCCUGGACCACAAUCCCUUGCUGGAACCAGAGACUCUUUUCUUUUGUGGCAUUUAUGUCACGUGGAAGAAAACAUUGCACUUUCAAAAAGACACGCCAAACAUUCAUAAUAACAACAUAGAUGAUCUUUGACUAGUGUUUUUGCAGUAUAGAGGAUC